UUCAGUCUUCGUUACUUUAUGGUGCAUGAAUGAGCGGGCAAGUAGAAGAUGACGAAGAAUUUGAUGUACCUCCAUCUGACUUUUUGGGAGAAGAAGAUGAGGAACAAGAGAGAAUGGCUGUGGGAAAGCAGAAAAUUUGUCGGCAUUAAAAUAAUCAUUGAAAGCUGAAAAGGGGAGGAGCAGAGGAUCGUCAAUUGCCGGAAGAGUAAGCAUUGAUUAUUAGGUGUUUGAUAAAAGUUUUAGAUUUGCUUUUGAAACAUUAGUGAGUGAUUUGGGGCCUGGGGGGAAGGGAAAUGGCAACGCCGGUUGGGCCACCGAACGGUAUUAUGGCUUACGGGAAGCAUUACUUCAGAAUGUGGGAAACGAUUUUUGAAGUGGAUAGCAAGUACGUUCCGAUGAAGGCAAUAGGUAGAGGUGCUUACGGCGUGGUGUGUUCGGCGGUGAACAGAGAGAGCGGCGAGAGGGUGGCGAUCAAGAAGAUCAAUGACGUGUUUGGGAAUAGAAUGGAUGCGCUUAGAAGUCUUAGAGAGUUGCAGCUUUUGCGUCACAUUAGGCACGAGAACGUGAUCGCUUUGAAGGAUGUUAUGAUGCCCAGCAAUCGGAGUAGUUUCACAGAUUUGUAUUUGGUUUAUGAGUUGAUGGAUACUGAUCUUCAUCAUAUCAUAAAGUCCUCUCAGCCGCUCACAAAUGAUCAUUGCAAGUAUUUCCUUUUCCAGGUCCUUCGGGGGUUGGAAUAUCUUCACUCAGCAAACGUUCUCCACCGGGAUUUGAAGCCUGGGAACAUCCUUGUCAAUGCUAACUGUGAUCUGAAAAUAUGUGACUUUGGACUGGCUAGAACAGCAAGCGGGGACAAUAAUGGACAGUUGAUGACUGAAUAUGUAGUCACUCGCUGGUACCGAGCACCAGAACUGCUUCUUUGCUGUGAUAAUUACGGAACCUCCAUUGAUGUAUGGUCUGUUGGGUGCAUAUUCGCGGAGAUUCUUGGCAGGAAACCACUCUUUCCAGGAACUGAUUGCCUCACUCAGCUCAAACUUAUCAUCACUCUUCUUGGCACCCAACCUGAAGCUCAUCUUCAGUUUAUUGACAACCCAAAGGCUAAGAGGUUUAUAAGAUCACUUCCUUUGUCCAGAGGACCUCACUUCUCUUCUCUGUUCCCUCAAGCAGAUCCUUUGGCGUUAGAUUUGUUGCAGAAGAUGCUUGUUUUUGAUCCAUCCAAGAGAAUCACUGUUUCACAAGCUCUCUAUCACCCUUACUUGACUGGCCUUUAUGAUCCAAUCCAAAAUCCUCCUGCCCAAUUUCCUCUCCAUCUUGAUGUCGACGACAGUGCCAGAGAUCUAGCAGUUAUUAGGCAGAUGAUGCUGAGAGAAAUCAUGCAUUACCAUCCUCCACCUGCUCCUGCAUAUGUCAACAACUUUUACUAACUUUUCAAUUCACAAGAUAACAAAGCUAGGGUGAUCAAAUCUCAGGAGAAUCUUCAUAUCUGGAAUACUUAUGUGGAAUUACUUAUAAAUAAAUGUUCUGUAUUAACGAUGUGUGUCGGUCAAGUUCAGCCCUGCUUGAUUUGAGAAGGAAGUGGUUAAAUGGUUAAUGUCCUACUACUUAUCACCAAUUAGUUUUAAGAAUGAUAACUAAAGAAGUAUAGCAUUUGAUUAUUAGAAUUAUUUUAUAAUUUUGUAUUUAAUUAUGGAACAGUUUUCCUCUCUUUAAACUCAAGAUUUUGUUUAAGCUUCUGAAUUAUCAAGAUUGCUUUUCUUUUUUCA